GCAAUGGGUGCAGACGCCUCCAAGAACUUAGACUCCGAGGUCGUGCAGGAGCAGGAGCAGGAGGAGCAGCGGGUUUCUGUGGCGUCACGUGACGAUGAGUUCCACAUCCCGUGGCGGGUGGAGACACUCGAGACGCACGGAAGGGACUACCCCACGCAGGGCAGCUGCUUCUACCCGCUCCGCCGUCUCCGCGUCCGACCGCAGCGGCCGCUGCUUUUUGUGGAUUCCGCGAUUCAAGUGAGCGACAACAACUACCGCGAGGCUUGGCACGGAGCCGGCGAGCGUCGUUUGAAGAAUGUGUUUCUGUCGCUAGAAUGGCUUCCUCUACACUCCAGUGAGGAUGAAAUGCACGUCCUUCACUUCGGCCUGGUCACCCUCGCGGAGGGGGAGUCGCUGCGGUGGAUGAUGCAUCAUCCGACGCACCUCUCAGGGCGGGUUUGUAUGGCGUUGCGCGUGGUGAGCAGCGGACGCUACAUGGACGUCGCGGACUCCUUUGCACUCGCCGUUCCUCGCCUUCGGGAGGAGCGCACCUCCGCCGACCUGCUCCCAGCGGGGGCGGCGUGGACACCGUCGCCUGCGCCAUCCGUGGAACGGAACGGGGCACUGUUGCUCUACCGGUUUUUAAGCAAUGACAUGUUCUUUUCGCCCGGGGAGUUGGCCGUGCUGGAGGAGGUGGUGCGGAACGUCGCUCAUAUGGACCGGCUGCAGUUCUUCACAGACUGCCUACGUGCCCGGCGCCGCCACAGGAACCACUGGGAGGAUGCACCGGUGGCCGCCCUGUUUCUUCCCGCGGAGCACCAAGAGGCCAUGCGGCCGUUGGCAAUACUUACGGCGCUGCGCGUCGGAUUUGAGGCGUUGCCUGAACGCGCCGCACAGGUACCACCAGCGGCGAAGUUGGUUGCGCAGCUUCGCUCCCUCCACGAGCGGGUCGCGAAGGCCUCAAAGGAGCAACUGGGUGGAACGCAGUCGACGGGCGCCUCCACUGCUUCGUUGCCUAUCGACAUGAUGGCGCGGAUCCUGCAUGACAUUUUUCCAUCUGUGGUAAAACCGUUUACGCCACACGAUGUGGAGCACGCGCUUCGGUAUCUGUGCCAUCACGGUGCGGCUGGAGCAGGCACUCGCACGCCGGCGGAUGUGGGCCACCCACACCACGCCCCCCUGCACCGUGUGGCGGAGGCGUUUCCCGUGCUGCAGGAGGAGUUUCUUCACACUUGCCUCGCCGCGUCGCGGGUCCACGGGGGUUUUCAGGAAGAGCGAUGA